AUGGCCGCGACGCUCCUCCCCAAGGCUCUCGCUGGACAGAUGUCCAUUGGUGUGGUCGGCGCAGGCAUCGGUGGUUUGGCUAGUGCUGUCGGACUCGCGUCUCGCGGUUUCCAGCAUGUCACGAUCUACGAGAGUGCACCGGAGAUUGGCGAGGUCGGCGCCGGCAUCCAGGUCGCCCCGAACUUCUGCCGCGUCCUGACGCACUUCGGCAUCCUCGAGCGACUGAAGCGCGACGCUGUUCGAUUGGAGCAGGCGAGCGUCCGCCGCUACGUCAACGACGAGCAGCUCAACUCGACGUCGUUCGCUAACCUCGAGAAAGAGUACGGAUACCCGACUUUCGUCGUUCACCGCGCGGACCUGCAUCGCGCGUUGCUGGAGAGGGCGUUGGAGCUUGGCGCGAAGUUGCGGACAAACUCGCACGUUGAGGACAUCGACUUCGAGAAGACAUCCAUGCAGAUCAAGGGUCUCGGCAGUGUCAAGCACGAUGUCAUCGUCGCUGCGGACGGCAUCAAGAGUGCGAUCCGGGCGAAGAUGAUGGCGCGGCGAGGAGAGAUCGACGAGACUAUCCCGACUGGCGAAGCUGCGUACCGCGUCAUUCUGAAGCGCGAGCAGAUGGAGAACGACCCCGACCUGAAGCGCCUCAUCGACGAGCCUACCGCCAUCCGAUGGAUCGGCCCCGACGCUCACAUCGUCGCCUACCCGAUCAAGGCGCACAACGGCUACAACAUCGUCUCGACCCACAUCUCCAACACGGUUGGUUUGACGGAGGACUGGACUGCGCGAGCGUCGAAGGAGAUCAUGCUGAAGCGUUUCGACGGAUGGAACGAUAAGCUCAUGAAGUGUCUCCGCCUCGCACCCGAAGGCGAGCUCGUCGAGUGGGCUCUCCGGAUCCACCUUCCCCUGACCGGCUGGCUCGACAACAACGUCGCCCUCCUCGGCGACGCAGCGCACGCUACUCUGCCUCACAUCGCGCAAGGUGCCGCACAAGCUGGCGAGGACGGCGCCGUUCUCGGAACUUUGCUCGCCAAGUGCACGAGCGUCGAGGAGAUCCCCAGGGCGCUCAAGAUGUACGAGCGCCUGCGCAAGGCGCGUGCGGACUGGGCUGUUGCGAUGGCCAAGUCGACUGGCGAGGCUUUGCACAUGCCCGACGGCCCGCAGCAGGCUGCGCGGGACGAGCAGCUCAAGAAGGCUUCGACCGGCGCGACUUCGCCAGACAAGUGGGGCGACAAGGCGACGCAGCAGAAGCUGUACUCGCUCGACGUCGUCCAGCAGGCCGACCAGGAGUUUUCCAAGCUCUAG